AUGAAAAACUGCGUAGUUCUGAACGCACAGAAAGACGUCUACCAGAACAUAGCAUCAAACAUAACGCUGAAAGAUUACUACUUUGAUUCAAAGUUCCGCUACAUAGCAGAGGUUUAUAUUUCAUUGCCUAUAAACAUUUUUGGGAUAAUUGGAAAUGCGAUGACUUUUUACAUUCUGACGUUCAAGAUAAAGAAACAAAAGUCGCAGGCGAUAAUCUUCCUAUUGAUUGCUCUAUCUUUUGUGGAUACUUUGGUUCUGCUGUUUCAUCUCUUUUUGAGGACUUUUAGAGAGCUGUUUCUUGAAGAUGUGAAUAAAUCAUUUACAGAGCAAUAA